AUUAUCAUGACCGAUUUGAAAACAUCUGCAUCUGAAGAAAAUACUUUAUCUGCUAAAGGCUACAAACUACUCAAAUUCGUCGGUGAAGGUGCUUACGCUAAGGUUUAUUUAACCGAAUAUUCAACUAAAGAAGCUACAAAUAAAAUUACACUCGCAUGUAAGAUUAUAGAAACAUCAAAGGCUCCGAAAGAUUUCGUCGUUAAGUUUCUACCUCGCGAAAUCGACGUCCUCAUACGCUUGAAUCACCCACAUCUAAUUCAUAUACACAGUAUAUUCCAACGUAAAACCAAAUAUUACAUCUUUAUGAGAUACAGUGAAAACGGGGAUCUCCUUGGUUAUAUUUUAAAAAACGGUUGCGUCUCUGAAAACCAGUCGAGAGUGUGGUUUCGCCAAUUGGCAUUGGCUCUUCAAUAUUUACACGAGUUAGAGAUUACUCACCGUGAUAUCAAAUGUGAAAAUGUGUUAUUGACAGCGAAUUAUAACGUGAAACUUUCGGACUUUGGCUUUUCGAGGUCUUGUGUGGAUGAAGAGGAUCAACCUAUUCUAAGUGAAACAUACUGUGGUUCAAUGUCAUAUGCGGCGCCAGAGAUUUUGAGAGGAAAGCCGUACUUGCCGAAGCCUACUGACUUGUGGUCUCUUGGUGUCGUCUUAUUUGUUAUGCUCAACAAGUCUAUGCCGUUUGAUGACACACGGAUGCGUAAACUUUACGAACAGCAGAUGGGAAAAAAGUAUAGGUUUCGAUCCAGAGUUGCCAGUGUUCUCUCAUUGGAGUGCAAAUCUGUCGUUAAGCAUUUAAUGGAACCUGAUCCUGGUUUGCGUCAUACUGCGGAGCAAGUGCUGGGUUCUGACUGGAUUGCUAUGGACAGCAGACUUACAACUUUAAACGCUAUUGAAGCAGCUGCGUUGCAAAGAGCUAAAGAGGAGCGACGAAGAUUGUCGGAUUCUCACCGUAAUCCACCUAAAAGACAAGGUGACAUUUUGAGUCGAGAAACUAAAGAAUCAUUUAGGGUAUCAAUUGAAGACGAUUUAAAAUUAACGGGUUCUGAACAGUUAACGCUAGCGACACGUGGUUACAAAAUGAUAAAGAAAAUAAACGAGGGUUCAUAUGCCAAGGUAUAUCUAGCAGAGUACAGAAACGCGAAUAAAAAUGAUAGAUUAUCAGUUCUUGCUUGUAAAGUAAUCGACACGAAUACAGCUCCGAAGGAUUUUGUUAAAAAAUUCUUGCCACGGGAAAUCGAAAUGUUGAUAAAACUCAAUCAUCCUCAUCUAGUGCAUACCCACAGUAUAUUUCAAAGAAGAUACAAGUACUUUAUAUUCAUGCGGUACAUGGAACACGGUGAUCUCUUAGAGCAUAUAUUACAAAAAGGAGCUGUGCAAGAAGACCAAGCCAGAAUUUGGACAAGACAACUAGCUCUAGCCAUUCAGUACAUGCACGAAUUAGAAAUAGCGCAUCGUGACAUCAAAUGUGAAAAUGUCCUUUUAACUGCUAAUCAGAAUGCCAAGUUAUCUGAUUUUGGAUUUGCACGAAUGUGCGUCGAUAAAAGAUAUAAGGACAUUCCAAGUGAAACUUUCUGCGGAUCCUUGUCAUAUACAGCACCGGAAAUUUUGCAAGGGUCGCCAUACUAUCCCAAACCUACAGAUGUGUGGUCGUUAGGUAUUGUCCUUUAUGUUAUGUUGAAUAGAGCCAUGCCAUUUGAAGACAAACACAUAAAGCAGCUAUAUCAAGCUCAGAUCAAUAGAAACUGGCGGUUUCGCUCUCGCUAUAAUGAAGCUCUGUCAGAUAAUUGUAAACGUUUAGUCCAUUUAAUGUUAGAGCCAAACCACAAAAAUAGGAUAAAAGUUAACGAUGUUAUAAAUGGCGCAUGGAUUGCUAUGGAUUCGAGACUAUUAGAAUGGACACCUCAAGAAACGAUGGCGUAUAAAAAAGCUCGGGAGGAAAGAAUUCUCAGCAUGCAAAAAGUUGAAGUCUCUGAACCAAUCAAGACUGAGAAGGAUCCCUGUAUCCCAGAUCAAUCAAUAGUUAAACCUACCUUCGAUUUGGAUGAAUCAACAUCAUCGUGA